CUCGGUGCGCAGGCGCAGAAGGGGAGCGUCCGGGGUGUGAGUAGCUCAGCGCGCAGGCGCGGAGUUUCCGACCGGGAAGUGUGCGCCGGGCGGGGGUGGAGCUAAGUGCUCCCGGGGAGCCAUGGCCGCCGCCGCCGGGCCCCUGGGGAGGUUGCGGCGCCUCUGUCACCGCUACCAGGAGUACGUGAGGCAGCACCCGGCCGCCACUGCGCAGCUGGAGGGCACCGUGCGGGGCCUCUCCUACCUGCUGCCAGGUCGCUUUUCUGAUUCCCAUGAACUUUCUGAGCUUGUGUACUCUGCCUCCAACCUCCUGGUGCUGUUAAAUGACUGGAUCCUCCGAAAGGAGCUACAGCGGACCCUGCCUGUGUCGCUACCCCAGCAGAAGUUGCUGACAUGGCUGAGUGUGCUUGAGUGUGUGGAAGUCUUUGCGGAGAUGGGGGCUGCCAAGGUGUGGAGUGAGAUGGGCCGAUGGACCAUCAUCAUCCUCAUCCAGCUGGCUAAAGCCAUCCUGCGCCUCCUGCUCUUGCUAUGGUACAAAGCUGGUAUCCAGACAUCUCCUCCCAUCAUGCCACUGGACAGGGAGCAGCAGCAGCUCCAAACAGAAGACAUGGAGGGCAGCUCAGUAGGAAAGGAACAGACAUAUGUUGGAAGGCGCUCCAGCCGCGUUGUGAGGUCCCUUGAAAGCAUCCCAGCCUUGCAAUCCAGACACUGGGGGUCUCCCCAACAGAAGGAGGGAAAACAGAACCAAAGAGCAGAGGAGAUGAACCAGGCUCCCACCCCUCUGGGGCUUCAGGAAACCAUUGCAGAAUCUGUCUACAUCACCCGGCCUCUGUUCCACUUGUUGAGUUUAGGCAUAUGGGGCCAGAGAUCAUGGAAGCCCUGGCUCCUCUCGGGAAUCCUGGAUAUCGCAAGCCUAAGUUUACUGAGUGAUAUGAAAGACCUGAAUAAGCGAGAGCGCUUGGAGCUGAGACGCCGAACCAUCCUGCUGCUGUACUACCUGCUGAGAUCUCCUUUUUAUGACCGAUACUCAGAGGGCCGGAUCCUCUUCCUGCUCCGCCUGCUGGCUGAUUAUGUCCCCGGAGUCGGGUUAGUCACACCACCUCUUCCAAAAGGAUCGCAAAGCACUUUACAAUCUACAAACCAGAGUCUUCCCUCUUCUUCCACCUCCUGCUGAAACACAGCCCUCUCUGGAGUGGACCACGGAAGCAGUGUAACAGUGCAUAGCAACACUACAUGAGUUUAGCCAGGAACUGAGGGAGACUAUCUUUGCAGCUGAUCUUUGCUGCUGAGUUGGGUUACUGCCCCUUCCCUAUAGUUUGGCUGGUGCUCUUAUCCACAGGUUUCUUCCAGUGUGGGGAGCUGCAGUCCUGGGGCAGAGGGAAAACUCUUCGCCAGUGCACAGGUGUCAGUGCCUCACCUGUUGCCUCUGUUGUCCAAGUUUCAAGGCCUGUCACCAGUCAUGAGUCUUGUCCUGCUCUGCUCCCAGUGGGUACAUCAGCGCCACCACCCAGCAGGGCACAGUCGGUGAUUUUGCUUGGGGAAAAGCUAGGAACGGCAUAACAGGAGGCUGUGGGCUGGGAUUGAGGGGCAUCAGCAGAGACAUAUGUGGGAAAUCCAUGCUCAUAGUGUACAUCUUUAAACUGUUGUUCCCCACUCUGGCUCACCUGGUCUCUCUGUUCUCUCAUUUCAGGACCAAUGAUGAAUUACCUGCCAGCUUGGCAGAAAAUCUAUUUCUAUAACUGGGGCUGAUGGGGAAGUGGCCCUUUGCUGCUGUGACUGGGGCUGACUCAGAGUGGCAACAGGAUGUCUCUGUGGAGCGAUGUUUCUGUCGGAUCUAUUUUUCAGUUAAACCAUUGAUUAGAGACUCCCAUUCUCCAGGAGGGCUUGUAACUUUUUUUUACAUACCUAGCUGUGAACAAUGGACACUAUAUGGGGUGAGAGACCUUUGCCACCCCCUAGCCUGUACAAUACGGUGGCUUCAGUGCUGGUCCGGGACCUCUUUUUUUUUUUUUUUAAGCAUUUAGCUUUUGUAUGGCUGCGCAGUAAUAAAGUCAGGCAGUGGCA